AUGGCGGGCUCCAAGCGCCCCGAUGAGGGUCCCUCUAAUGCCCCGCCGGCGAUCCGUCGCCGCGUGGAUGAUGAUGCCUCUUCCGGUUCCUCCAACUCGGAGGGACCCCCUUUUCCUGGUGUUCCUGAGAGCACCAAGGAGUACAUUCGCCAGUUCCUUCGCGAGAAGGACGAAGCUCGGCAGAAUUAUUCCCAGGAGACUAUCUGGUCUCAGUACCUUGCCGCCGAACUGGAGGCGGCUCAAUCCGAUCGGGCAAUCCUCCAGGCCCAGCUCACCGCCGCCGACUCUAGGAUCGCUUUCCUGGAGUCGCACGUCCAGACCCUCCAUGCCGCAGCUGCCACCGCGAUCGGGUCGGUGAAUGCUCGCGGUGACACCGUCGCUGCCCGUCUACAGGACAUCUCCAACCGCGUCCGGGAGGUUGCCGGACAUGGAGUCCGCCGCGGCACCGCUGUAGCCCUUGCCACAGCUCAGCUCGAGUCCGGCCACGACUUCUCGCAAAUCGAACUGGUCCACUUCCCGCUGGGCAGCGAAGACUGGCAAAACCUGACCGAUCCUUAUAUCCUGGGCUGCUACAACCUCCACCAGUGCCUGAGGGAGCCUGAGGAGAACAUAGCAGUGUCUCAUGUAUGUUUUGAACAAACCUUAAUUCUGAAGAGCAAGCUGCCCUCGUCGGGUCAGCCGCCGCAAUCCCCUUCUCCUUCCUCCGAUCCCAUUUCUACUAGCAUUUUCCCCAAUCUCUUCUCUCUUGCUAACACGGCGCCGGCGGGGGGCUGGUCGGGCCGCGUCUGGGCCCGCACGGGCUGCCGCUUCGACGCGUCCGGGAACGGGUCGUGCGCGACGGGCGCGUGCGGGGCGGCGCUCCGGUGCGGCGGGGCGUCAGGCGCGCCGCCCGCCAGCCUGGCCGAGUUCACGCUCGCGUCGCCGCGGGACUUCUACAACGUCAGCCUGGUGGACGGGUUCAACCUACCGGUGGCGGUGCGGCCGGUGAACGGGCGGGGCAACUGCAGCGCCGCGGGCUGCGACGGCGACCUGCGGCGGACCUGCCCGCCGGAGCUGGCCGUGCGGGCGGGCGGCCGGACGGUGGCGUGCCGGAGCGCGUGCAACGUGUUCGGCACGGACCGGUACUGCUGCCGCGGCCAGUUCGGGGGCCCCGGCACGUGCCGGCCCACCGCCUACUCUGAGAAGUUCAAGGCCGCCUGCCCCACCGCGGCACCGCCUACAGCUACGCCUACGACGACCCCAGCAGCCUCUACACCUGCUCCGACGCAGACUACAUCAUCACGUUCUGCUCCAACAGCAAAGAACGAGUCUGUUCGUACCACAACAAUCGGCUCGUCUGCAGUGACUCCGGACGAUCUUGGCCGAUCCCAUCCAGGAUCCUGCUUGUGCUGCCCCUCAUCUUUUUGGCUCUGCAGAUUUCAGUGUGAGGAUCGAGGAGCAAUCAUCCUGAUAUACAUUCGAUUUUUUAGUUAUUUUAUUGUCCAUUUAAAAAUUAAAGGCGAUGAUGCCCUCUCAAUUCUCUAUUGGUACUUCCUUGGUUUCAAAUUAUAAGCCAUUUCAAGAAUUUUGAA